GUGGAUGCUAGUGGAUGAACUGGUCUGCAUUCACAGCCACAGUCUCACACGACUUUGUUUAAUUUCUUACUUUAAUCCGGAAAAGAAUGGGUGAGGCUCAGCAGCAACCACCUGCUCUUCCACACAGUCUUGAGGAUUCCAGGUACUUCAUGGCUGUAGCUUUUCUGUCUGCACAAAGGAGUAAAGAUCCGAACUCAAAGGUUGGGGCCUGUAUAGUGAACGAGGAGGGCAAGAUCGUCGGCAUCGGCUGCAAUGGGAUGCCAAAUGGCUGUGAAGGCUCAUUACCAUGGGCUCGUAAUGCUGAGAACAAACUGGACAACAAACACCUCUAUGUGUGCCAUGCAGAGCUGAACGCCAUCAUGAACUCGAACAGCUCUAAUCUGAAGGGCUGCACCGUGUAUGUGUCCCUGUUUCCCUGCAACGAGUGUGCCAAGCUCAUCAUCCAGGCAGGUCUCAAGAAGGUGGUUUAUUACUCUGAUAAGCACAAGGAUAAAAAAGAAACAAUCGCCUCCAAGAGGAUGUUGGAGAAGGCAGGAAUAUCAUCUGAGCAGUUCACCACCAAGGAGACCAAGCUUGCCAUUGAUUUUGCAUCCAUUAACCAAGAUGAAGAUAGCAGAGCCCAACAAGCCCAACAGAGGGAGGGAGGGAGGAAGAGGAAGACGACUGACUAGAUUGAAAGGGACUGGGUCUCUUCUCCUGCAGGUCUUCUCGCCCCCUUCUUUGUCUAAGAGAAACCUGAGGAAAACCUUGACUUUGGUUCUUUUGAUAUUUUGAUUAACUAAAUAUUCAGAAUAGCUUCCUUUGUGUCUGUGGUGGUAGAAAGUCUUUUUUUUUGUUUUAGACUCUCUUUGGGGUGAAUCAAAUCCUCUCAUGUCUGUCAGUGCUGGGAAAACCGAUUUUUCUUCCUCCUUUAAACAAGGUUCAGGAAUAAUAAGAGGCACCCCGAUAUUCACUGUAUCCUCCUGAGACCUGAUCUUUUGUUUGGAAUGCAUUUUUAGUUUCUCCCACUUAUUGUGGAUUAUUAGGACCUGAUAGCAGGAGUUAAUUAAUUCUGACCAAAAAUGAUGUCAAAUAUCAACAAAAAUUUCCUGAGAUUUCAAUGAAACUACCUAAAACUUUUCUGAACAAUUGUGAAAAAUACUUUAAAAGCUUCCCAUAAAACUACCCAAAAUUUUUUUCCAAAAAAAUUCAAAAAAGAGUUUCAGUGAAAAGUCACCAUAAAGCCUGAAUUCUAAUACAGUCUUCCCUAAAAAAUCCAAUAAAAAUUCCAGAAAAAGUGAAAAAAAUUCCCCAAAAUGACAUAAUAUAUUCCCCAAGAUUCCUUAAAAAUAUCCUCCAAACACUGGAACAAAUUCCUUCAAAUUUCCUUAAAACACUACAAUGAUCAUAGGGCUUUAUAAGAUAUAACCUUUAGGGCAGCAUUACUCAACUUGUUUUUAACGUCUUUUGUUUCAAGUUUUCAAACUGUCUUAUGAUUACCAAAUAAAAAAGCAACAAUAUAUAUUUCUGUGUGGCUUCCAAAGCAAGGUCCCUUACCAACAUGUCCUCCAGACUUCCUGCUGAAGCUUGAAACCAUCAUCCUUAAACUGACUACUGUUAAAGAGUAUCAUUGUUCAUCAUGUGUCUGUAUGGACCUGUAUAUGAACUACUCUGUUGUACCAUCAUUCUCUCAUUCAGAGCAGUGGCUCUCGCUGGAGGAAAGCUCAAUAAAG